UAUGAACCUUCACAGGAGCACGUGCUCAGAACAUCUGGAUUCUGGAUUUCCUCCUCGCGACUCGUCUGCGCUCCACUGAGGAGCCGAGGCCCGAGGACAGGAGGAGCCUCUGGUCAAACAAACAGCAGACACGCCGUCUGUCAACAGGCCCCGCCCACUUUGACCCCUGACCCCACCAGACACCUCCACCUCCUCCUCACAGAUCCCGUGUGUUGAUGUGUUCAGUAACACGGAUCACUUCCUGUCACAGAUCAGCCAGACUCAACACAGACCAACAGGGCGGAGAGGGAGCACAGGGAAACGGGACCAAAAGCUCGUUGACAAACCAAACCCCAUCAGCUGUCCAUGGAGAACAACGUCCACCGAGACACUGGGACGUCCAGGAGGGGACGAGCCCAGAGGCAGGGACACUCAGGGUCCCCAGGAGGCUCCCUGCUGAGCUCUGGAUCAGAGCUAGAUGUUUUUUAUGGUAACAGUUAGUCUCUAUUGGAAAGAAAAGUAUAGUGUAUAGUGUGUGUGUGUGUGUGUGUGUGUGUAAGUAAAAAAGAACUCAACAGCAUAUGGACAGAUUUGAUCCAAACUCUGUGUGAAUAUUACUUUGGAGUUUAUAUCCAGAUGAUUUAGUUUUGGAGCUGAUCGGUCAAACUUCAAAAAGGUAAAAACACAUGAUCCACAAAUAUCCGGAUAAUAAAUAAAUAUAAAUGAUAAGUGAUGCACUAAUCUGUAGGUAAAAAUGUAGAUACUCAUGACCUGGAGCUAUGACCUUAUGACCUGGAGCUAAAAUAUUUAUGAUCACAUGGCAGGAAAUGUUUCUACUGCCCCCAUGUGGCCAGGAAAUCCCUUAUUGCAGGUCUAACUUAUAACUUGAGUAAGACGUGUACACAUAUUCACUCAUGUACAGUACACAUGUUGAUGUGAAUAUCUUGGUGUGUUCUGCAUUCCUGUGAGUUUCUGUGUGUGUGUGUGUGUGUGUCAGAGAUUGUUGGCGUGUGUGUUACUGAGCAUGAGCAGGCAGAAUCUCCCACUAAGCAGCUGUCAGAGCAGCGCUGGCUAUCGUCUUCCCCGGGGGUCGGCCUGUCAACUUGUCCCACUGACGGUUCUCUGCUCUCAGCCUCGCCUCGGCUGGCCCGGGGCUGGUGUGUGUGUGUGUGUGUGUGUGUGUGUGUGUGUGUGUGUCCUGCUCCUGCUCUUGCUGGGGCCCUGGCAAAUCUGAUAAUUACUGUCCUGACAAUGAGACCCCCCCCCCUGACCCCACCUCGAAGCCCCUGCACCCCCAGACCUCCCCGAACAGCCUCCAGAGAGAAGAGGCUUCCAUCUUGAUACACACGUACACUGGCUCACACACAUGAAGCUGAUGUUUCACACAUAGAAACACAGAGACGAAGAAAAACAUGCAAAGCUUGAAAGAAAGUUUCGGAGGGACAUUGUGUGAUUUUGUGUAGAGAGAAAAAAUAUUCCAUAGUUUAAUAUUGUGAAUUAAGUCUUGAAGUGGUUAUAUUUUAUGAGGCAUGUUGGGUGACAUGAGUGUAGUUGUGUUUAUUGUACAGUUUAAUUCAUAUCAAACAAAUAACUUCAGACAGUGUGCUUUGAUGACUCAGGUCUGACCACAGCCAGAGAGGUUCAAAGGCAACUAACUCAAAGGAGAAACUUUUCAAGGGCACGGCUGCCUUUGAACCUUCUCUCCUCCAAAUCCUUAAAUAGGAUGAACAACCAUCAUCAGACCAGCGCUUCACAGAAAAGAUCCUUUAUCACUGAAGAAGCCGGCUGCUAAGAACAAAGCUGUGAUGGAGCAGAAGGAGGAGAACGCUGCUCUAGAUGCAGACAACACCGCUCUGAAGAGGCAGCUGGAUUCAGAGAGCACCGCUCUGAAGACAGAGGAUGUAUUUAAAGUUGCUUUGCUUGAAGAGAACAUUGCACUGGUGAAGAAGCUGAAUGCUGCGAACCAAGCUGUGAUGGAGCAGAAGGAGGAGAACGCUGCUCUAGAUGCAGACAACACCGCUCUGAAGAGGCAGCUGGAUUCAGAGAGCACCGCCCUGAAGAAGCAGGCUGUUUAUAACGCUGCUCUAGAUGCAGAUUACACCUUUCUGAAGAAGCAGCUGGAUUCAGAAAGCACCGCUCUGAAGAAGCAGGCUGUUUAUAACGCUGCUCUGCUUGAGGAGAACAUUGCAUUGGUGAAGGAGCUGAAGGCUGCAAACCAAGCUGUGAUGGAGCAGAAGGAGGAGAACGCUGCUCUGGCUGAUCUAGCUGCAGACAGAAAGGCUCUGAUGAAACGGCUAACUGCUAAGAACGCAUCUCUGAGGGAGCAGAGAGCCUCUGCUGCCUCUCAGCUGCAUCAGGCCAGAGAGGACUUGUUCAGGAUUGAGAAGGCUGUGGAAUCAGCAAAGGCCACAGAGGAAGAGUUGGAGAAGAAGCUCAAAGAUCUACAGACAGCGAUAAAUGUGAAGGAGAAAGAAAACGUUUCCCUGAGCGCUGAUCUCCAGCUCCAGGACAUGGACAAGGUGAUAGUGGAAAACAAGUGGAAGGCGAAAUUUGACGAUCUGCAGGAGAACUAUGAGGAGAAGAAAGAGGAUCUGAUGAACCAGAUCAGGGAGGCCGAGGAGAAGCUGUCUGCUGAGCAGGAGGACUCAGUGGAAAAAGAGAGAAAGACGGAUGAAGAGUUAAACCGCCUCAUUCUGCAGAACAUCGAGCUUCAGAGACUCAGGCUGAAGACGAAUGAGUACAGAGAGAAGGUCAAGGUGGAGAAGAAGGAGAAGAAGAAGCAGGAAAAGAAAGCGCAACAAGAGAGAGACAAGAAGGAGAAGGAGGAGAGGAAAAUACUAAAGAAGAGAGAGAAGGAGGAGAGAGAAGAAGAAGAAGUUGGGACCAUGUUUACAUGUUUUCAUUUUAAACGACGGAGCUCGUCCUAAUCUCCAUUUUCAUCUUUCAUCUACCUCAAGCACCUUCUCAUCCUGACUCCCCCCACUCCCUGACCCGUUAACCCCUUC